AUGAGUUCAUUUAGGUAUACGGCUACGGAACUCACCGAUAUGAUUUUAAUUUAUGGUGAAUGCCAUCAAAACGCUGCGCUUGCCCUACGAACAUAUCGUGAAAGGUAUGGGAACACACGAACUUGCCCUACAAACCUCCGCACUAUUACAUGGGCAGUACAAAAACUAAGGGAAAACCGGAGGUUGGUCAAUUCCUACGAAUACGAAGGCGCUAAUGCGAAAGAAAUACCAGUAAACAAAGAAGACAACAUUUUGCAGUAUUCGAGUCGUAACCCAACGUCUAGUCUGCGACUAACCGCUCGCCGGUUUGGCGUAAGCCAUAAAACAGUACAAAGAAUCCUAAUAAAAGACAAUCGUCGACCGUUUAAGUUAAAUAGAGAUCAGGGAUUGUUAUGUAGAGAUGAUUCAGUCCGUCAGGCCUACUGUCAUUGGCUUCUAGAAAAGGUAAAUGACGAUCCUGACUUUCUGUUUAAUAUUAUGUGGACAGGCGAGAUCAUGUUUACGCACAACGAAAUCUGGAAUCGGCGUAACCAGUGUUACUGGAGCAAACGCAAAACUCAACCAUUACGAGAAUCCUCCCCUGAAGACAGAUUUUCUGUGAAUGUGUGGGCCGGCAUUCACCGAAAUGCAAUAAUAGGUCCAAUAUUCAUUAAUGGCCCUAUAAAUGAAAAGAAGUUUCUGGACCUCCUCAAUGGAACUAUUUCAGAAUACAUUGAUAAUUUAUCUUUGGAUGGUAGUCAUAGAUUAUGGUUCCAGUUGGAUGGAAAUCCUGCACAUUCAGGUUUCCGUGUAAGAGAACGCCUCUCAGAAAUGUUUGGAGAGCAAAUAAUAGGACGACACGGACUGCACAAGUGGCCAGCACAGUCGUCUGAUCUCUCACCACUUAAUACAUUAUUUCAGGGAUUCUUGAAGAAUGAGGUUUAUGCUUGUGAUGUGCGUACAGAACAAGAGUUGCACUCCAGAAUCAUUGAUGCAUUUGUUAAGCUAAAAAAGAUUGCUGCAAAUGGCAACAAAUUAACGGAAGCACAUGACAAUGUCCUCAAACGAUGUCAGUCUCUAGUUUGA